UGUGUGUGUGCCAGGUCUGGUUUUUACUGGUACAGAUUGAUUCUGGUCUUAAAUGACAGACUUACGAAGCUCCAAAAAAAUGCCUCCUACGUUUGAUGUCAGCCUUUACAACUACAGAGACAGAAACAAGGGAUGUUUUCAGACAGACAGUUGUGGAUUUUAUAAAGCACAUCCAAUCCUCUACAAUGUGCUGUGCCACAGAGAGAAACCUGCCUGUUGCUGAUGGUUGACUUCUGACAUGAUAUUAUGCUUUUACAGUGCAGAAAAUGUUCCGAGGUACAGAACGAUCUGUUUGCCCCAGUACCAUGUGAUUUAUCAAGCUAUAAUGAAGGAACCCAUCUCAUGUAUAAACAGUGGGCAGGAAGCACAACAAAAUCAUCAGCUCAAAGCCACAGAAAAGAACAGGCUACUGCUCUGGCAAGGCAAGGAAAAAGAGCAAAACAGCUUCUCAAAACCCAAGGGGGUUCUUGCCUAGUAUUUUUAAGGCAAAUAGAAGACAAAAUCUGAGCUAGCAAUAGAGCUAAUUUCUGGAGCUAGGAAGCAAAUGAGCUGUGGCAAGAAGUGGAACAGCAAAAAGCAGCAGAGAACUAAUUACAAAUGAAGUGUCUCAGGUUGGAAUUGAAGUUAGAGAUCAGAGAGUAAGAGGGUCAAAGCAACAGAGUUUUCAGUGGGUAAUUUGGUGCCUGUGACUCGGGAAUGAAAAGUGCAUAUGUCUACAAGAGAGAAAAAUACACACUGAAGGCAGAUCAGAACUACUUAAAAGGCAAAAAUCUGAUACUCCUAUAGACAUAGCACGGGCUGGCUGUAGCAGGGAGGGUGCAGAUCCCAGCCCUCCCCUGGGGGGUGUGAUGGGAGGGGGCGCUGCCCAGCCCCCGUGUCGGCCCCCUCCGCUCCCCGCCCGGCUGGCCGAGAGCAGCCCCCCCGGCCCCGCUCCGCACCCGCGUUCCCUCCCACCGACGGCGGCGAGGGAUGCUCCCACCCGGCGUGUCUGCCGGAGUCAGCUGCUCCUUGAUGUCAGAACCUGCUCCGGGCUCGGCGGGGCGGGAGCGGAGCGGAGCUCAGCCGAGCCGCAGCCCCCGCUCGCCGGCUGAGGGAGCGCUCCUGCCUCCCGCACCCUUCGGGGAAAGCGCGGGGGGCCCAUCCCAUCCCACCGCGGACCCGCCCAGGGAACUUCCCAAACUUUCUUUCUCCGUCCCGGGACUCGCUGCCAUGGCCCCCGGCAACUCCUCCCGCAACUUCUCCGCGCCGGAGGCUCGGAACGGCUCAGCAGCAGAGAAGCCAGCACCGUACACCAACGUGAUCAUGCCCAGUCUCUUCAGCAUCAUCUGCUUCCUGGGCAUUGUGGGGAACCUCAUUGUCAUCUACACUAUUGUUAAGAAGAAGAAGCUGAGAUGCAAACAGACCGUGCCCGACAUUUUCAUCUUCAACCUCUCCAUUGUGGACCUCCUCUUUCUCUUGGGCAUGCCCUUCCUCAUCCACCAGCUCCUAGGCAAUGGCUCAUGGUACUUUGGAGCUCCCCUGUGCACCAUCAUCACCGCCCUGGACACGAACAGCCAGAUCACCAGCACCAACAUCCUCACAGUGAUGACACUGGAUCGUUACCUGGCAACUGUUUACCCCCUAAAAUCUACCUACAUCCGGACCCCGUGUGUGGCAGCUCUAGUUAUCUGCUUGGUGUGGCUCCUCUCCUUCCUGACCAUCAUUCCCGUGUGGAUGUACGCCGGUCUCAUGCCUCUGGAGGAUGGGACCGUCCGCUGUGCCCUCUUGCUUCCCAACCCAGAGACUGAUAUCUACUGGUUCACCCUCUAUCAGUUCAUGCUGGCAUUUGCUGUGCCCUUGAUCAUCAUCUGUGUGGUGUAUUUUAAGAUCCUCCAGCACAUGGCCACCACCGUGGUCCCACUGCCCCAGAGGAGUCUCCGGGUACGCACGAAGAAGGUGACCCGCAUGGCAGUUGCCAUCUGCUCCGCCUUUUUUAUUUGCUGGGCUCCCUUCUACAUCCUCCAGCUGGUUCACCUUGGCAUUGACACACCAUCCAUGGCCUUCUUUUAUGCCUACAACUUUGCCAUUAGCUUGGGCUACGCCAACAGUUGCCUCAACCCCUUCCUCUACAUUGCCCUCAGCGAGACCUUCAAGCGCCAGUUCUUGGUGGCCAUCCGCCCUGCAAAAGAGCCCUGUCGCAACAGCAGCUCUGCCAACAACAACAGCAUGACAGAGGCCAGUGUGUGUCUGAAACUGGCACCAGAAUCCACCCAGCAGACUCAGUUUCUGGAGGAGUUUUCCCCACGGUCAGCGCCGGUGACGGUGGCUGUUCACUAGGACACUCUGAAGUGCCCACAGCAGAAAGACUUCAGGUCUGUAGGUGGAUGGAGAAGCAGCAGCUUCAGGCAGGCUUUUGGAGAAGCAUAUGGACUACAACUUUCCGCCUCCAAGAGCCCUUUUUCACUGCAGGGCUCUGCUCCUACACUGCCCCCAGCCUAUAAGAUGCUGUGUACUGCUGCUUCUUUCACUGUGCAUGGGAGAACUGUCACCACGGCCCCGAAGAGGAUGAAUGGAAAAGAGAUAAAGGACAAAGAGGAUUUCCAAGGGGAAUAUUCAUGCUGGAAGAGUAAAACCCCUAUCAACACUGCCCAAUGAUGCCUCUUGGCCCGACUGGGGUUCCUAAGCAGCUUGUCAAUAGAGCUUCUUCAUUCAAAACUUGAGCCUUUGAUUCAUGAUGUCAUAUAUUUAUAAGAAAUCUGCAAACUUUGAUGGCUCUGCUGAUAUCCCAGAAGCACACAGCAGAGAAAGAUCUUGGGGCCAGAAGUCUCACCCAGACUUGGCCUUUCAGUCCAGUUCUGUCUGCCUCCAGUGGGCUUUAUUGUUUGGCGAGCAAGACACCUUCAGGAAUUGGUUCAUUUUGAUGCUAAUUCUAAAUAUUUCAAGCAAAAUCAGGCAGAUAAUAUUCACACUGCUUCAAGGGACUGCGAAAAAUUCUCAAAAUUACCGCUGCUAACACCAGCUUUGUGGCUUUUCAUGCCAAUGAGCAGAUUUUCACAGUGCUAGUUCCUCAUGCUGCUCUUGUGCCUCACAGUCUGCAUGGCCUUUGGGGAACCCCAGGCAGAGGGUUUUAAGCAGGACUAAAAAACACAAUGUGCAGAGCUCUGCAGAGCGAGGAGCUGUGAAAGAGCAGCUCAGGGAAAACAGAGUUGCUUAUGCAGCUUCCUCAAAAUAACGAAUGCUUCACACAAAGUUAAGAGAGGGAAAAUUAAAUGUCUGUGUGUUGUAUAUGCAGCUUUAACAGUCGGAGGUUAGGAAAUAACUUUGCUCAUUAUAAAGACUAGAGAAAAGACAGCACAGAUCAGCUAAAAGCAGGGAUUACACCAACAGCCUGUGCUGGGCUCCACAGGGACACACAUUGUUCAACACUUUGUCAAACAUGAAGGAACUGGUUACUGUAGAUGGAUUUACUAUAAAGAAUUAAAGACAUCAAACAGUUCAAA